AGUUUUAGUUUAUAAUGGAUUUAUUUGCAAAACCACCAAAAGUGCCCCCUCAAAAUAUUGUUAUUAGGUUAAUAAAUCGCGAAACGUUUGGAAGCAAAAGACCUGGUACACAUUACCAUGUAGCCAGACAAUUUUACCAAAACGUAUUUCCAAAUUUUACUGUUAUAAACAUUGAAAAGCCACCUUGCUUCUUGAGAAAAUUUAGUCCAUGUGGGAAAUAUUUUAUUGCAUUUUCAUCAGAUCAAACAUCAUUGGAAAUUUAUGUAUAUAGAGGUUCUAGUGCAGCUGGUGAUUUGUUACAAAAUAUAAGUCAACAAAAUGAUAAACAACAUUUUGAGAUAAAAAGUAAAAUAUUUGAGAGAUUUUUCAAGUUGAAGUAUACUGUAAAUGUGGCUCCCAGUUCAGAGCAGCUUAAUCGAGAAUGCAGUCUAUUUAGUGAGGAUGGAAGAUAUGUUAUUAUAGGGUCUGCAUGUUAUAUACCAGAAAAUCUAAGGCCACAUUUUUAUGAGAUUUAUACUAAUAAUGAAUCAGUGACACCAAACCCAAAGGCACCAUUAGAAGAUUAUACAUUACAUUUAAUUGACUUAAAAUUGGGAAAAUUAUGUGAUACAAGGAAUUUCAAAGUGGACAAAAUAUUUAUGUCUCACAAUCAAGGUCUUUAUUUGUACAAAGACAUAUUGGCUGUGCUUUCAGUGCAACAUCAAGUCAUUCAUAUAUUCCAAAUAUUGGAUGGCAUGUUUGUUGAUGUUAGAAAAAUUGGAAGAUUUUGUUAUGAAGAUGAUGCUUAUUACUUCAGUUCAGUAUUCCCCAAUGAACGUGCCUUCAGGGAGAAUUUAAUGAAUUCUCUCAAGCACCGCAUGAUGACAUUCCUAUUUCGAAGGGCCUAUAGUAUAAGUCAAAGAACAAAUGAUCCUUACGAAAUAAGAAAAUUUUAUCAGUACUUCGAAAAUUUUAAGUCGUUGAGGAUUUGGAAAAUGCAGCUACUAGACGAAAAUCAUAUUCUACUAAAAUAUGCCAGUGAGGAUGUGGUAACUUUGAAAUCAAAUGAUGCGAGUAGUCAACCAUCCUUUUACGUCGUUUAUAAUAUGGUAGAGAGCAAAGUUUUAGCCAUUUACGAAAACAUAUCGAAAGAGUUGUUGGACUUGCUGGAAAAUUUCUGUGACAAUUUUCGAAACGCACACGUCUAUAAUGAUAGUCGAUUUAGUUGCAGUACAGCUAACAAUAUAUACGCUCGUCUCUUGCACCAUAGAUUCAAGCAAACAAUAAUAAGUGCAAAAUACGGCGGCAAAACCGAGGCCAUCAAAAGAAUAUUGGGCCAACUACCAAUAAGCGCGCAAUCAUAUAGCAGCUCACCUUACUUGGAUUUAUCGUUAUUCAGCUACGACGAUAAGUGGGUGUCUAUCAUGGAACGACCAAAACCAUGCGGAGAACAUCCCAUUAGGUUUUAUGCACGAGAUUCAGGUUUUCUCAAAUUCAGAAUAUUUGCUGGAAAUACAACGCGCGCAAUCCCUGCUGCGAGAAGGCUUGUUGCCUUCACAUUUCAUCCAACCGACCCUUUUGCUAUAUCCGUGCAGAGAACUAAUGCCGAAUAUAUUGUGAAUUUUCAUAUUAGAUAUGAUAACUGCAACGCAAGCGCUUCUGAUGAUAAUGAAAAUGUCCUAAACUUUUUAUGAUUAUACGAUUUUAAUAAUUUACAAGCUAAACUGUGAUGACAAUACAUUUAAAAAAAUAA